AUGAGUUCUGAACGUCCUGUGAUCAAAGCUGUCAUCUUUGAUAGUGAUGGAACAAUCAUUGAUACACCACCAAUGUAUUGGAAGUCUGUUCAUCAAAUUGCUGGCGAAGUUUUCCCAACAGAAUUUUAUCUCGAGCUUGAUGGACGCAAAGACACAGAUCUUGCUGCACUUAUCAUCAAAAGAUACAAACUCAACAUGACAGUCCAAGAAUUCUUACACAAGAGAGAUGAAAUCGUUGCUAGCCAAAUCGAACAUUGCCCUCUCGUUGAAGGCGUUGAUAAAAUCAUCUACAAAUUACAUGAUAUGGGAAUUCCAAUCUCUAUUGCUACAGGAUCUCAAAGAGGUCCUUUCGAACAAAAAUAUGUCAAUCAACCAGUUCGUAAAUUGUUCGAACAUGUUGUUACAAGUGAUGAGGUUACAGUUGGAAAGCCAGAUCCUACAGUUUUCUUAACAGCAAUGAAGAUGAUGGGUGAUUUCAAACCAGAAAACGUUUUAGUCUUUGAAGAUGCUUACCUUGGCGUUCUUGCAGCUCAAAACGCUGGAAUGCACGCAGUUUAUGUUCAUAGCGACUCUACAAACGUUGAAGAACAAUUUAAGGCAUUCGGAAUCCAUAACGCAGUUCCAUACGAGAAGAACUGGAAUGAUUUCGACUUCGACAGCUACAUUUGGGAUGUUCCUAAAUAA